AUGAAGGCAAACGGCAAGGAAAAGACCCCAAUCGUAGCCACCGCCACGGUCGUCAGCACAGAGGAUCCGUCAUUGGAGGCUUCCUGCAAGCAGCAAACCGAUCAGGCCAAGGAUUCCUCAGUCGCAUCUGCCGCGGACUCUGAGGGGUCUGUGGAUGAUUCAAAGGACUCUGCUACCACACAACCGACUGCUGAUCAGGACGGGGACGAGGACAUGAAAGAAGCUUCACCCAUUACAACCGAUGUGAUCGAGGAGGAUACACCCAUGGCUGACCCAGCUCCGAUUGUCAAGCCACGCGAGUUGCCUUCAGGCAUUCCUGAGGGCAUCGAUCAGGAAGAUCUCGAUGGCGGUCUCUUGGAUGGUGCCCUGGAUGAUUAUGAUGACCUUGAUCAGGACACCGAGGACACCGAGGUUGGGAACGGAGAUGACGACUUUAGCGAUGAUGAUGAUGACGAUGAUGACCUCGAUGGCCCUCUACUCGAUUCCACAGACAAGACCAAUCAUUACUCGGAUGCACAGACUCCCGGAGCCACGUCACAUGCCGAUACCGCAAAGUCAGAGGAGCCGGACUCGGAUGAUGAGAUGGAUCAGGAUGAACGGGACGAGGCCCUUCAAUCAGAGGACUCUGACAGUGAUCUUGGAGAUCUGGAUGCAAGCGAUAACGACCAGGACGACGAUGACGACGACGAUGACGAGGGGGACGCAGAUGGCGAGGAUGCAGAUGACGAUGACGACGAAGAGGAGGAAGAGAUCAAGCCGCCAGUCAAGAAGGAUACCGUUCUCUCUCAAAAGCCAACGCUUCAUCGCCCAUCAAUCACAGAGGAGGAACUCAAGGACAGUGGAGACGAGCUGUCGGAUCUGUCGGAAUUCGAUGACACGGAUGACUCCGACGAGGAUGAUGAUAUACCUGAGCCCAAGCCCGCCGUCAAGGAGGCUCCUGUUAGUGCUCCACCGGCAUCACCAACAGCAGCGACAGCACCAACAGGAUCAACAGCGGCGUCUACCACAGGACCAGCAGCGCCAACAACAACACUCAAACCUACGUUAGGAGGUCGCAAGCGUUCUCUCCAUGAAGCCACUGUGGAACCAAUGAAACCAGAGGAUGAAUCGAUCAAGUCGGAACAGGAGGAUCAGGUCGAGAUCCCUAUCCCUAGUGGACGCGCACGACUUUCAGAACCUGGCAGCCGGAAGAGACGUGUCUCUGAAGUGGAAGAUACUCAGCCGUCGGACAAGGAGUCGGAAUCAGAAGUGGCGGAGGAAGAAGAGGAAGCCGAGAAGACAACAAAAGAGGAAGACGAAGAAGGAGAAGAAGACCACGAGAUGAAGCAACUUCACAAGGACGCAUUGGACGCUUUGACGAGUAUAGAGAUCGAGUUUGCAAGCCUUCGGGACAAGUACGUGUCAGGAACAAACGGUACCCUGAUGUACGAGGAGCGCAUGACCGAACUCGACAGAGAGGUGGAGAUGAUCAACGAUGGCAAGUCGUUACUUUAUGCAAUUCGGGUAUCUGGCACACACCCAGAGCUGUCGUCGUUGAUGCAGGAGAUUGAACAGAAGCGUGAACAUCGGCUACACAUUGCAGACAUGGGCAGGAAGCAUAAGACAGAAAUUGCACAAAACGCUCACGAUUCCGCAAGGCGUAAUACCCGAACCCAGAUGGUCAAUGACAUGGGCAAGAAGCGACGACAAAUCAACCUCGAGUUCAACCUAUCAUUCGAUGCCCGCAAGAGGAAACUUACGACUGCUACUCCUGACAAGGCAGUUUUGCUGCGAGCCCGGAAACACAAGCGAGCAGAAGUGAAUGAACUCAAGUCGAUCAGCGAAAAGCGUGGUUUCCCUACGAGUGGCAAAUUAUCGACGGUAACCCAAGCAGAACUCCAGGACGACUUUGCACUCAUGGGCCUCGCGAGGCUACUCCCACAGCCAAAACCCGCUGGUGUAGAUCCACAGUUGCAACAUCAUCAUCAACACCAACACCAUCAACAACAUCAUCAACAAAGACACGGAGGGCCAUUGCCUCCAUCGAUACCCAUUUCAGCAGGAGCAUCGUCAUCAUCAAGUGAUGUGGAGAUUUAUGUGGAUGGCAGUCGGUGUAUGGUAGACGGUAUCUGGUACAAACCCAAUGAUGCGGUUGUGGUUCUGGAUGCCUCUAUCGGCAAGUACAAUGCCAAAUACGUCGCUCUCGAAAGCGAUUGGAUUGUGCUGCAGAGGACGAAUGGAUCAAAGACACGGUUACACUUGAGUCUGUUCAGGGGGCGCAAGCUGUGCAUGCAGCCCAAAGUAUAG